GGCUAUGUAUAAUCCGAUCACCUAUAGAGCGUCCUCUUCUGUAAGUCACAGAGGGUCUAUGGGUCACAAAGUCUGCUACAUCAGGAUCAGCCAGUAGGACACCCCAGUGGCGUCUUAGCACUGUCAUUACUUUCUGGUUUUGAUUGUCAUAAGUACCUAUCAAACGUAUGAUUUUUCCUUCAUCCGUUUUUUGUUUAGGGGUAAGAAGAGAAACUCUAUCACGGGUGCAUGCAUCUUUAAAAGCCUGUGUCAGGGGUGCGGAUGGAUAUCCUCUAUCAGUAAAUCUCCUUUUUAGAUCCUGUGCCUGAUCAUAGAAAUCCUCAGGAUUCGAACAAUUUCGACGUAAUCUAAGGAGUCAGUUUCCAGGGCAACCGAGAGCGAACCAGUGACAAGCUCCCUGCUGAACAGCAAGCGGCUGCAGGCAGGAAUAUCCCGCCAGAUUUUGACCUCACACCCAGUGCCCAGAGACCUAACAGGAGCCAACACAGCAUCAACCAUAGGGGUCGUACGGGAACUGGAGGAGCUGAGGGAUCUGGUGAUGAAUAAGGAGCUUCUCGUACAACAGCUGCACAGUCAACUGAGGGACGUUAUUCACACCCAGGAGCUGAGUCGCAUUGAGGUCCUAGAGAAGGAAGCACGCUUACAGGAACUACAGGACACAAUUACCCAAUUACACCAGGAGAUCUCUUUGAAGGACUCUAAAGCAGUCCUCUAUCUACAGGAGAAACACCAUUUGGAGAACAAAGUCAAAGCUCUAAGCCAAGUGGUUUCUAGUGGUCCUCCAGAGAGCUCCUCCAUAGUCAAAAGCAAUGAGUUACUUAAGGCUGAGCUGGAUCGAAGAGAUGCUGAACUUAAGGCUUCUCAGAAUGAACUGCUUACCCUACAAAACACCCAAGAUGUUCUGUCCUCUGAGCUGGAUUCCCAAGAACAGCAGGUAUACAGACUGCAGCGGGAGUUGCGGGAAAGACAGGAAGAGAUGGAGCUGAGGCAUGGUAGAAUACAGCAGCUUCAUAAGGACCUAAAGACAAGUGUUGCUGAAAGAGACGAAUCCCAUAGACAACUCUCUGAAUGUAACUUGCGUCUGUCACAACUUGAGGGGGAAAACUUUACUCUAAGGGUCUGUCAGCGAGAACUUGAAGCAGAGGUAGAUAAACUAAGGAAAGAGUCUAUGUACAAAGAACACGAUGAGCAGACACCUGCAUGGGAGUUACACCACAGACAUGACCUAGAGGAAAGACUCCAGAGAGCAGAGAUUGCAGAGCGUGAACAUUUGACCUUAAUUCACAGGAUGAGAGCAGAGAUGCAGGACACUAGGUUUCUGCUGACCUCAAUGCAGGAAGAGCUGCAAAGUGCACAGGCUGAGGCAGCAGCUCUGCGGGGGAGGUACAGCAGUUCUCAGAGAGAAGCAUUGGAACUGCAGGACAGAAUUCUUGAGCAGGAGCGGAAGAACGCAGAGCUGCAAAAGGAUCACCGGAUGAUUCUGGAAAGUCUCCAACGAGCUAGAGAGCAGCUUGUUAAUCAAGAACAAUCACUGCAGGAGCUGCAGGAAGAAAAACUUCGCCUACAUGAACAUAGCCAGCGUUUAGAACAGGAGACUGGUGCCCUGCAUGCUGAGCUGGAGACCCAGAGCCUGGCUUUAAGUGAGCAGCACGGUUUAAUUGAGAGCAAGUUAAACCAAAAAGAGCAGCAGGUAGAACGGUUACAUAAAGAGGUUCAGGCCUUAAAGCGGCAGCUGCAGCAUGCAGAAGAUAAGGUGCAACAUCUUGAGAGCAUAAAAUUGAGUCUUCAGGAGGAGUACUCACUGUGUCACACUGAGAAGACCUCCCAGACAGAGACAUUGCUAAAGCUAGAAAGAGACAUACGAGACCUAAAUAAUCAAAAAGAAGAUGUAGAACAGAAGGUGCAAGCACAGAAUAGAACCAUAGAGAGAUUAGAAGCCCAGCUUGCAACAUAUGAGUCUGAGCAAGAGACAUCUCAAGAAAAGAUUACACUCGUCCAGGAGGAAAGAGACUCUCUACAGAGCAAAGUUGAGCGUUUUCAAAAAGAGUUAACUCAGAGUGAACAGCAGCUAAAAGAGUCUCAACAGAAGGUAGACUCUUUGCAGCUUUAUAUCAACAAAAAGAACUGUAAAUCUGAAUCUCUCAAAGAACAAUUGCAAAGCUCACAGGAUGCUUUGCAAAUUGCCAGACAGGAGAAAGAAGAGUGUAGCAAGGAGGCAGAGACUCAGAUUCAGCAGAGGGAAAAAACUAUUGAAUCUCUUCACCAAGAGUUGUUAACAGCAAAGGAAGAGCUUGGAUCAUGCAGAAAUGAGCUGUCGCACUGUCAGUCGCUGCUGGAACAAAAGCAACAAGAACUGGCUACAGCGACAGAGGAGCAGAAAAGAACAGAGAAAGAGGUCUCCCUACUCAGUAGCAAUGUUGAGAAACUAGAGCAUGACCUAGGGAUUGUCAAUGAGAAACACAAAGCUGCACAGAAAGAGGUAUCAAGUCGGGAUCAGGUGAUCCUGAAUUUACGCACAGACCUAACAGCUAGAGAAGAAGAGCUCCAACAAGCAAGAAGUGAGCUUGCAGAACGUGUUGAGGAGUUGAGCAGUGCUCGUUUAAAGCUCAAAAACCUACAAAGUGAUGUUCAAAGCCUCCAGGACAUUUGCACAGAACGUGAUAAUGUAGCCAUUGAAAAUGAAACCAUUAUUCAAAAGUUGCAGCAGGAGAGAGAGAACUAUUAUUCUGAGGUGCAGAGACUUCAGCAUCAGCUCUCCUCUCUGAAACAGACACAUCAGGUGGAUACUGAUCGCUUGAAAAGUGACACUGUGCGACUGCAGGAGAAACUGGAAUCUGUAACUAGAAGACACGAGGAACAAGACUUGGAGCUUCAGCACUGCCGAGUGAAAAUUGAGAGACUCUCGCAGGAUCUGACACUAUCACAGCAUCUACAGCUGCAGCUGGAAGAGCAGGUAUCACAGCGAGAUACUGAGCUGCGUCAGCGAGAUGAAGAGGUUCAUAAGCUACAGUCAAGUCUGUGGGAGGCGGAGGAGAGGGCAGUGAGUGCAGAGAGUCUGUACAGCUCAUCAAAUAGCAGUACGGAGCUUUACUGCAGCAAAUACCAGGCUUGUGUGACUCGUGCUGGGGAACUGGAGGCCAGUGUUAGACAGCUGGAGGAUGAAGCUCGGGAAAUGAAAGUAGAGGUAUCAGAGCGAGAUUCACGUCUCUCUGCUCUGCGUGGGGAACUCCUGGUUCUGCAGCAGGAGCUAGAGAGUAAAUGCUCUGAGCUGGAGAGCUGUGAGGAAGCCAUUGACCAACUGACCCAUGAACUUCAGGCAACACAGACAGAUCUGAGUGUAAGCCGAGAGCAAGCACAGCAAAGUGAAGAAAUUUUACAGUCUGUCAGAGAGCAUGCAGCAAGACUACAGAACCAGGUGUUAGAACUAGAGGAAGACCUGGUAAAGCUACAGACAGACUUUUCCACAUAUAAAGCCUCCCACCGAUAUAGUGACAGUAGUUAUGCAGAGAUGGAAAGGCUAGUUCGUCAGCUAACCCAGGAACUUUGCCAUUCAGAGGAUGAGGUGAAGAAACAGAUGAAGGAGACAGAAAAGAGUCAAGUGCUUCUUCAAGAAGUAAAUCUGGAGCUAACAAAGGAACAAGAGCAGAGAAACAGCACUUUGAAGGAUGUAAAGCGACUGGAAAAGGAGGUCUGUAGCUUGCGUCAGAAUAUGGAAAUGCAAGUUCAAGAACACAAAAGUCUGGCUUCAGAUCAAAAGCAGCAGAUCCAGAAACUACAGGAAGAGCUGAGGGAGAACAAUAAACUUCUCACCCACAAGGAACAGGCCAUUCAGAAGCGUGAUGCUCUUUUACGUCAGUCAGAAGCUGAUCUCUUGCAAGCUCGCAGUUCUCUAAAAUCCCUCAAUCAGGAGAUAGAGCGCCACCUGGAGACAGCACGUAAUAUGGAGAGAAGACUUCAGAAUUCAAAGAAAGAAAUUGAUCAAAGCGAGAGAGAGAGCAGUUCCUUAAGGGUGGAAAUGCAAGAGCUGAAGAAAGAAUUGCAGGAAAAUUACAAACUCCAUCAAGAAGCAGUGCAGGCUCUGGCAGGUCAAGAGGAGAAGACUUUACUAGUAGAAAGUGCCCUGCAAAGUGCACAAGAGCAGCUGAGCGAGCGUGUAGCUGAAGUUGUGAGGCAGGAGCAGCAAGCACGCAGGAUGGAAAGUGAGAUGCGUACACUAAGGGAGCGAGCUAAUGCCAGUGACGAAGAAGUGGAGCAGUGCAGGACUCUGGCAGAGCGACUGAAACUGGAACUUAAUGAAGCCAAGAAAAGACAUCAGGCAGCGUCUCAAGAAGCUUUGAAACUGCAGCAUUCACUGAGCAAACUGCAGCUGGAGCAGGCUGGCGAGCAGGAACAGCUCAGGGCACUACAGCAACAGCUACAGGAACAAAUCACGAUUCAGCAAUCGCUAAGAUCAGAGCUGGAAGAGCAGCAGAUAAGGCAUGAAGAACUACAGAGACAGCAGCACAGGACCAAGGAAAGAGAGAGCACACUGCAAAGAGAGUUAGAGGAGCUAAGUUUGAGAGUGAAGCACUCUGACCGGCUGCUUGCAGAGAGAGAUCGUGCAUUGCAGAGUUUGCAGAAUAGUUACACUCAACUAGAGAGAAGAUGGCAGACUGCUCAGGAGGAAGCUAAGGACAACAGUGCUCAACUAGAACUCACUAAGAGUGCUCUGCAACAAACACAGCGAAAAAUCCAGACUCAGACCAAAGAGUCUAAGCGUUUGGAGGAAUCUUUAAUACGACUGCGCUCAGAGGAAGAGGCAGCGCAAAAAACAGCAAAGGGGAGGAGUCAAGAGCUGAGUACUGCCCAAGAGUGUCUACAGGAGCUCAAGAAUCAAGUUACCAUGACUCAGACCAGUCUACGAGAAACUAGAGAACAGUUAAGUGAGCGCAACAAAGAACUUUCCUCUCUAAGAAAUGAACUGCAGCGCACACAGCAGAGGAAGGCAGAACUGGAGCGAGACAGUGCAGCCCAAGAAGAGAGAAUAUGCAGGCUAAAUUCAGAGAUGAGGUCACUACGUGAUCUGCAAAGACAGAAGGAACAAGAAGCAGAGGAUUAUGAAAUCCGCCUGCGAGAUGUAAGUAACCAGCUGCAGCACUGGCAGAGGAUUCACCAGGAACGUGCACAAGAACUAAGGCAGAGGGAAGAGGACAUAAAGCAGCUGCAGGAACAGCUUGCAGUUACUAUGGAGAAAGUAAAAACUGAUGGAAGAGAGAAAGACAGCCUGCAGAACACACUGAACCAGCUAAAACAGAAAUACAAUGCAGCCACCAGUGAGCUAAAUACCUUGCGAAGCUCUCUAGAAGCAGCACGGUCUGACUGCCGGCGACUGCACCAUGAAAGCGAGUUGGUUGUGUGCAAUGUGAACGAAUGGGUCGGCGAACAGAAAGUAGCCAAUAAGACACUGGGAGAGAAGAUACGGGAACAGAAUAAAGAAAUUCAGCAGCUGAUGACAGAAAAAGACCACAUGCAGGAGGUGAUUGAGCAGAUGCAGAAAGAGAAUAAAUAUCUGAGAAAUCUAGAAGACGAGAGACGUAUAGAGAGUGAGCGUUAUAAGCUUUCUCUGCGUACAGCUGACCUGGAGCACCAACAUCCCGGUGAUGACAUAGGGUCUCUGCGUUCUGCAAGAAGAGCAUUUACAAGUGCUGGAAACCGAAGGGCAAAGCCACGUGGAGGUCUUUGAUGAAGGGCUGGUGCUGUGACCAGUGCAGAGCACAGUUUACAUGCUUAUUCGGCAUUUUGACAAAUGGCACAUGAUAAAAGACAAUCUUAUGGAUCUUUGAGAAUUAAACAACUCAACUCAGAGCAAUGUUUUGCUUAGGGACAUGAACAGUUGCAGAUCCGACACUAUUUGGUAUCCAGAUAGCAAGUUGCUCUCAAAAAAAUAAAAUAAACAGGGGUAAUAAGGUUUGGUUGUCAGUUUACAGAUUAGGGACUAGUUUUUGUUAAUUUAAAGAACAGAACCUCAAGUAUUGCUGGUUGUACACAUUACCAAGGUAUAUAUAAAAGGUUUAUACAACAAAUAAAUUAAUGAAACCUGAAAAUAAACAAAGCUCAAGUCUAGUUGUAGGGCACUGUUUGGGAGAAUUUGAUUGUUAAGCACCUCACCAUUCUAAUUUAUUAUCAUGUAUCAACUUGACUCCACAUGUUGGUGCCAGAAAGUUAAACAGAUUUGUAAAUUAUUUAUUAAAAAAAAAAAAAAAA